AUUCCGGACCUUCAAACCAAAUCCAUACAAAUUCAUAUAAUCUCUAAUCGAAAAUCGUUGCGAAAAAAAAAUCCCAGCUUUAAAGAUGCAAAUCUUCGUGAAAACCCUCAACGGCAAGACCAUAACUCUCGAGGUCGAGAGAUCCGACACCAUCGACAACGUCAAGGCGAAGAUCCAAGACAAGGAAGGCAUCCCACCCGACCAACAGCGUCUCAUCUUCGCCGGAAAACAGCUGGAAGACGGAAGGACGUUGGCCGAUUAUAACAUCCAAAAGGAAUCGACCCUUCACCUUGUGUUGAGGCUGCGUGGUGGGAUGCAGAUUUUUGUCAAGACCUUGACCGGGAAAACGAUUACCUUGGAAGUUGAAAGCUCGGAUACGAUUGAUAAUGUUAAGGCUAAGAUUCAGGGCAAGGAAGGGAUCCGACCUGAUCAGAAAAGGCUUAUCUUUGCUGGUAAACAAUUGGAAGAUGGCCGGACUUUGGCUGAUUAUAAUUUCAGAAAGAGUCCACCCUUCACCUCGUUCUUCGUCUCCGUGGCAGUCAAUCUCCGCUUUAUGAUCUAUGCCCGUAACAAGUGUUUUACCAUCUAAUAUGCAAACACCAUUGCUUGCGUGGAGGAAAGAAACCGCUAUCCAAUAUCACCAAUGUCCAACAUAGGCA